AUGCCGCCCAUCCGAGAUCAAACCAUUCUUGUCAUUGGAGGUUCUUCUGGUAUUGGCUAUGGAGUCGCAGAUAGGUGUCUCGCAGAGGGCGCCAAAGUCAUUAUCGCAUCUUCCAAUCUUCCUCAUAUCCAGCAGAGCGUCAGCAAAUUACAACAAAAGUAUCCAGACGCUAAUAUCUCUGGCCAAGGGUGCGAUCUAUCUCCGGCAUGCGUUGAGGAAAAUCUUGAAAAGCUUUUCGAGUCAGUCACACCGCUCAACCACAUCGUUUACACCGCUGGCGAUCCUCUUUCCAUCAUGCCAAUACCGCAGAUCAACCUCGACGCUGUUCACAAGGCCGGCCACGUCCGGUUCGCCGUCCCCCUCCUACUCUCCAAAUUUGCUCAGCGCCAUCUCAAGCCUUCCUAUCAAUCUUCUUUCACUUUGACGAGUGGUGCGGGCGGCGAUAAACCCUUCCCUGGGUGGUCGUUGAUGGCUGGCUACUUGUCUGGCCUCCAGGGGUUGACGCGAAACCUCGCUCUGGAUUUGAAACCUCUCCGCGUCAACCUGGUUAGUCCUGGCAUCGUCGAGACGCCACUGCACGGACCUAGUGGUGUGACAGAUGAGAUGAAGGCUCACACCACGCUCGGCAAAGUUGGGUUGCCGGAAGAGGUCGCCGAGGCCUACUUGUAUUUCAUGAAGGAUACAAACGCUACUGGUAGCUGUAUCGACACUAAUGGCGGCUCAUUCCUUGUUUAA